UGGACUGCGGGUGGGAAGCCCUCUGCCCACUAUUGGCCGUGCGCCCUGGACAAGCCGCUUCACCCUCGGAGUCGGCCGACACGGCCCCAAAGGUGCCUGCCCUGGCUACCCGAUAGGUGGCUAUGAAGAUUAAACGGUAGCUCCAGCGUAUACAUGCUAAAUAAAGAAGUUGUAGUGGAACAAUUUGACUUAAAUAUGCUCUGCAGCGUCAAUGAAAUUAAGGGAUUGUUGGGACCUAGCAGGACCUUACAGUCCUUUCUGUUGUCUCCCUGUGGCCCAGAAUUUUAGUGGCCAUGUGUAGCAUUACAGUCCUAGCCUAAUUUGCUCAGGUCCCCGAGGGUUUAUUUUUUAGAGAAUUGGUAGCAAUGGAAAAGACGAAUCCAAGAGCAACCAGCUGUCACCUCCUCAGAUGCCUGCCUGGCAAAAGAGCUCCAUGGGAUAAAGGUCGCAGAACAGGGAAGUUGAAAGUAUCUGCGCUGGCUACUGUCAGAUCUAGAAAGAAAUAGGACCUCACAUUGAAGAACCCAGUUCUACUUGCUUGGCACUGAACACCUUUGUCCUGGAAGGAGAAAGAGUUUUUUGAGUUCUUGGUUUGAUUUUUGGUGUCCCAAUAUUUCCUUGUUGGUGAAACCAGAGGCAGCAGCCUAAGUGAGUGCCUCUUAGUCUUAAAGAACAUCAAAGGCAGAAGAUACUUGGGUCCAAACCUCUUCAUUUUAUAGAUAAACAGAGGGAAACAGCCCAAAGAUGAGAGUGAUUCGAGUGGGUACUCGCAAGAGCCAGCUGGCUCGCAUACAGACGGACAGUGUGGUGGCAAUGCUGAAAGCCUUAAACCCAGGCCUGCAGUUUGAAAUCAUUGCUAUGUCCACCACAGGGGACAAGAUUCUUGAUACUGCACUCUCUAAGAUUGGAGAGAAGAGCCUAUUUACCAAGGAGCUGGAACACGCGUUGGAGAAGAAUGAAGUGGACCUGGUUGUUCACUCCCUGAAGGACCUGCCCACUGUGCUUCCUCCAGGCUUCACCAUUGGAGCCAUAUGCAAGCGAGAAAACCCCUAUGAUGCUGUUGUCUUUCACCCAAAAUUUGUUGGGAAGACUCUAGAAACCUUGCCAGAGAAGAGCGUGGUGGGAACCAGCUCCCUGCGGAGAGCAGCCCAGCUGCAGAGAAAGUUCCCACAUCUGGAGUUCAAGAGUAUUCGGGGAAACCUCAACACACGGCUUCAGAAGCUGGACGAGCUGCGGGAGUUCAGUGCCAUCAUCUUAGCCGCGGCUGGCCUGCAGCGCAUGGGCUGGCAGAACCGAGUGGGGCAGAUUCUGCACCCUGAGGAAUGCAUGUAUGCUGUGGGUCAGGGGGCCCUGGGUGUGGAAGUCCGAGCAAAGGACCAGGACAUCUUGGAUCUGGUGGGUGUGUUGCAUGAUCCUGAGACUCUGCUUUGCUGCAUUGCCGAACGGGCCUUCCUGAAGCACCUGGAAGGAGGCUGCAGCGUACCAGUAGCAGUGCACACAGCUAUUAAGGAUGGACAACUGUACCUGACUGGAGGAGUCUGGAGUCUGGAUGGCUCAGAUAGCAUGCAAGAGACCAUGCAGGCCACUAUCCAUGUCCCUGCCCAGCAUGAAGAUGGCCCUGAAGAUGAUCCACAGCUAGUGGGCAUUACUGCCCAGAACAUUCCACGAGUAGCCCAGCUGGCUGCCGAGAACCUGGGCAUCAGCCUGGCCAACUUGUUGCUGAACAAAGGAGCCAAGAACAUCUUGGACAUUGCACGGCAGCUUAAUGAUGCCCACUAACUGGUCUAUGGGGCACAGGUGCCUGGGUUGCUACUGUCCAGUGCCUGCAUCCCAGCCCUCAGUGCCCCAUUCUUGUUGCCAACUGGAUUGCCGCAGUCCAGGGGGUUGAACUGCAGGGUCAGCUUCCAGGGGCUGCCUUGUCUGUUCAGUAGGUGGGGCUUCAUCUCUACUGAGUCCAAGCCUUUGAGUAUAACCAACCUUACUAAUAAACCAGCUCUGCAGGUGUCUUUUGUUUUGGUGGAGUUGCAGGAAAGGACAAACACAAAACCCUUUAUUCCUUCAGAGGCUGGGAACUCUGUCCAAAGCUCUUCUGAACCCUCGUUUCUGCCUCAAUAGUUCUCAUUUCACCUCAAAACAAUAACUUAUGUCCCAGGGACACCCAAGAGCAAGCUAUAAUCUUAAAAUCCUAUACUUUGCUCUCUCCUGUUAACCAGUCUUCUAACUGGUAGUCCUCCCACUACAGUACCCUCAGGAGAACAGAGGGAUCUAAGUCAUCCAUCCUACAACACUUUGAGGCAAAAUGAAAACAGGACACGUUUUAAAAAAAUCCUUUAAUAAAAUCAGUCCAUCUGAAACUUCCCAAUA